UCCAGCUUGUACGAGGUCAAGCCUCCCAUCUCAAGGGCCAAGAUGACCUCUGUGACCAAGUCUGCUAUCAAAGCUAUCAAACUCUACAAACAUGUGGUGCAAAGUGUAGAAAAAUUCAUACAAAAGUGCAAGCCUGAAUACAAGGUUCCGGGUCUCUACGUGAUUGAUUCAAUUGUUAGGCAAUCAAGGCAUCAGUUUGGAGCAGAGAAGGAUGUCUUUGCUCCCCGGUUUGCCAAGAACAUCCAUGGCACAUUUCAGCACCUGUUCAAGUGUCCUACAGAUGACCGAGCCAAGAUUGUACGAGUGCUGAACCUUUGGCAGAAGAAUGUGGUGUUUGGUGAAGAAGUCAUCCAGCCCCUCCUGGACAUGGCAAACCCCGGUAGCAUAAAAGGAGGAGGAGAUGCCGUAGUUAAGCCAGCUGCGCAUGUACCCGCCCCAGUAGUAGCUGCUUCUGUAGCGCCUGAACCGGUAAAGCAGGAGAAGGGUGCCGCUGAUGUGGGCUCUUGGCUCUCCAAACAUAGUGAAGCUGCCGAACAAGUGCAACAACAACAGCAGCAGAUAGAGCAGCUGCAGCUCCUGCAGAAGCAGCUUCAAAAGCAGUCUCAGGUGCCGAAGGCUGCACCAGGCAUUGAUACGUCUCUUCUGAGCCAGAUGCAGACCUUGACCAGUCAGCUCAAUGUAUUGACCAACCAAGCAUGGACAGGAGACGCGCCCGUCAAGGCGGAGAAGGCCGCCCCUCUCCAGCCAGUCAAUACAAACUCCAAACCCUCCGGGUUUAACAAGGCUUUACUUGACUUUGAUUAUGGAGAUGAAGAAGAUGAGGAUCAAUCGUCCAAGAAAGAAGUCACACCCACACCAAGUACAAUGAUCCCCAGCUUACAGGCAAGCUUGGAGGCAGUUCAGCGCCUUACCCACCAGCUUCAGCAGGCCGAGUCUCAGGACCAAGUCAAGCAACAGCCAACCUACCCAGAACCUCAGCAGCAACAACAACAACAGCAUUUCCAAGAAGAAGAGCAGGUAAAUACGGCUCCUGAACCGGGGGAGAUAGAAGCAGAACAGGAACAAGAAGAAGUUGAAGAGAGAGAGGAAUACUACAGGUCAGAUGAGGUCGAGGAGUACAGACGGGAGGAAUCGUCAUCGUCAUCUAAGAGAUCUAGGAGAGAUAGAAGCAGAUCGCAUACUCCAAAGAAGAGCAGACGUUCACGAAGCCGGUCUCGUUCAAGAUCUAGGUCUACCUCAAGAUCCAGGUCCAAGUCUAGGUCGAAGCGGAAACGACGAUCUCGCUCCAGGAGUCGGUCACGCAAGCGGAGAUCACGCUCCCGCGACCGGAAGGACCGAGACAGGGACCGUGACCGCGAUAGGGAUCGCGACCGGGAUAGAGAGGAGAGACAUCGAGAGAAAGAGAGGGAACGGGAGGAACGAAGGAAGGAGAAAGAAGAGGAGGAGCGCCAAAGGGAAAAACUGAAGGAAAGAGAAAAGAAGGGUCUUCCAUCCAUCAAGGAAAAACAUCUUAGUGUGUGCAGUACAACACUCUGGUUAGGUCGUCUGGGUAAGAAUAUAGCCGAGUCGGACAUCAGAACACUUAUCGAGGAAUAUGGAGAGAUCGUUUCAGUCGAGAUCAUUGGGACAAGAGGAUGUGCCUAUGUAUGCAUGGCAAAGAGACAUGAAGCCAACAAAACCCUCAAGAAAAUCAAAGACACAAGAUUCCGUGGCAAUAAUCUGAGGGUUGCGUGGGCCCUGGGUAAGGGCAUGAAGGACGCAAACUACAAAGAGUACUGGGAAGUUGAGAAGGGCGUUAGCUACAUCCCGUGGGAGGAGCUUCCUUCCAGCGGUAACUACGACGUCAUCGCCCAAGGAGCCAUGAUCGAUGAAGACACGUUGCCCCCGGAAAUCAGAGAAGCCCAAGCCGCUCAUGCAGCUGCUUUGAAGGCAGCGGAAGAGGCUGCAGCUUCUGCCGCUGCAGCUGCUGCCGCUACUCCUAUUCCUACCACGGUAGCAUCUGCUCCACUGCCUCCUCCGAUGGCCGCAGCAGCCACUAUCCCUGCACCUCCCUUACCAGGCAUGCCAGUGAUGACUCCAGCACAACCUCAGAUCUCUUCUGCACCGGCCGUCCUUCCUGCUGCCACCCAGGUACCAGCUAUGGCAGCCAUACCAACUCCGAUGGCACCCAUGGCAACACAGCCUCAGGUUGCCUCCACUGUCACUACUCCAGCUGCAGUUCCUACACCCCAGAUGGUACGCAUGCCUGUCAUGCCCGGUGGCGUCUUCCCUCCGUUUGUUGGGUUUGGUCAGAUGGCCACUCAAGGUUAUAGAUUCCCUCCAGGAUUCGUUCCAGGACAGCCACCACCGAUUGGUGUUCCUCCUCCAGCUGGAAUGAUACAUCCAUCUGGAAUACCACCAGCCAUGCCACCCUCUAUGCCAAGUGUCAGUCAGGCAACGGCUGCCACUGUAGCACCUCAAGAGGCCCAGAAACCACCACCGCCAGGCAUCUCUCUCGGAGUCGCAGAGCCAAAGACAGAAGCAAGCGAAGAUGUAGCUCCCGCAAACAAUAGCAUGGCUGGACUAACAACUUCGAUGGUUACUUCACAACCUUCAUUUGUAAUGACGGGUGGUAUGAGGCCUCGUUUCAACCUACCAGGCUUAGUGACACAGGGUUUGAUUGUUAACCCUGGAAUGAUUCCAGGGCAAAGGAUGCCGCCUCCCAGAACGUCUAUGUUCCAACCUAUCCCUCCUGCAACUUCUAUCACAGCAGCUUCAGUAGCAAAUUCAAUAGCAGCUGUCCGUCCUAUCCAGUCAUUACUGAAUAAUGCAAAUCUUCUGGGCCUCACUCCACAGGCUUUAGAAGCAAUCCAAAAGACAGUGUCAGAGGCUUCGGCAGUUAAGACUGAACCCCCCAAGUUACAUGGAAUCUUGAAGAAUGCAAGGCCGCAACCUGUUCAGGUCCGACCUGCUCAAGUGGCAGGAAUGGGGACACCUCCUAGGCCUUUUCUUGGACCUGGUAUUAGAGGAUUGAGACCAGUUGGUCUUGCUGCACUACCUAACUCAGGCCAGGGAAAUAACCAGCAACCAGGAGCUGAACCCAAAGAUGCUUCUGCAGUUGGACAACCGGAUAGGCAGGACAAACCCAAUUUACCAGAAGUAGGAGGGAGUAUGGGUCCUCGACUAGGAGUACCAGAAAGGCAAGGGUCAGGAAAUCAUGGAGCAGUUGGAGGAAACCCUGAUAGGCGAACCCCUGAGAAGCCUGAUGAUCAGGAUGUUGGCUUAGACAAGUUGCAGAUGAUGUUCGGGGAAAGACCUGGUUUGAGACCAGAUAUGGGAGGUAUGCAGAGAUUCCGGCUUCCUGGACCUGGAAUGCCAGGAAGACCGAUGAGGCCAGAGUUUGGAGACGUCAACAGAUUUGCUGGACCUGCACUACGUAUGUUGCGUCCCAUCGUCGGGCAACCAAUGAUGCAUCGAGGAAUUCCUCAGGGUAUGCAGAUCCGUGUAGGUCCACCCAUGCAGAAUGUAAGGAUAGCUGGUCCAUCUGGAGGUGUCCAGUUCCCUCCAAAUAGUGGAAUGCGUGUUCCACCCCCAGGAAUGGGGAAUCCUCGAGGGCCACUGCCAGGUAUGAUGCGUCCACAGGGUAUGCCUCCACGGAAUCAGGGCAUGCGUCCCCCUAAUCAAGGGAUGCCACCACCAAAUCCAGGUAUGCCACCUCCGAAUCAAGGUAUGCCUCCUCCGAAUCAAGGAAUUCCUCCAAAUCAAGGAAUCCCCCCAAACCAAGGAAUUCCUCCAAACCAAGGAAUUCCUCGAAACCAAGGAAUUCCUCCUCCAAACCAAGGAAUGCCUCCGGACAUAAAUGACCAACCCAAGAGGCCUGGACCAAAUGUUCCUCCACUCUUACCUGAAAAACGUGAAGGGCAAAAUAGGAGAGAUGAGGAUCCAAGAAGGCAAAGUGGAGCACCUAGUAGAUGGAGUAAUGCUGCACCGGAUGAAGGGAAUAAGUUCCCAAGUCGCUGGCAAGAUGUAAACCAACCAGAGUGGAGAAAUAGGAACAGGGGUGGUAAUGACCAAGGUGGAAGAGAUGGUGGAGGGUUUGGCAGGGAUGUUGACAUGAGGAUGCACGAGAGUCCACGAGAUAGGGACUUCCGCCGACCAGAGGAAGGGGAUCACCAAGAAAGGGGGUGGAGAAAAGAGCGUGGAGAUCGUGAUGAUCGAUUUUCCCGUGACAGAGAUGAUCGAUAUUCACGACGUGAUCGGGAUUCAGACAGAGAAAGGGAGAGAGACCGGGGUUGGCAAGAUCGUGAGAGGGACCGCAAUCGUGAACGUGAUAGAGGACGGGAUAGAGAUAGAGACCGUGAAAGAGACAGGGAUUGGCGAGAUCGUGACCGUGGUGACAGAGACAGAGAUUAUCGCAGGGACAGGAACAGAGAGAGGGACACUGGACGUGAAGUCCCUCCUGGAGAAUGGAAACCCAUCGGUAAGGAGCCACCUCAAAGCUCUGAAGUAGAUCAAAGCACGAGUGCUGAAGGUGCAGUUCCGGAUGCCUCUGCCUCUGCUCCUGGACUUCCUCAGGAGGCAAUCAUGAAACCUUCAGAUACUCCACAAGCUGUGCUUCCUGCCCAGCCAUUUGAAGCAGCAGAGCCAAGACGGCCAUCCUUUGCUGAAGAUAGCUAUGAACCCGAUAAACCAACUGAAGACACAGAGCCAGCAUAUCCAGAAAUGUCCUCCGCAGCCAUUCCUCCAUCUGUUCCACCACCAGCCGAACCAAUGGAAGACUUAGGAGGUGCGCCUGGCGAUGUUCCUGGUGUUGCUGACAUGCCUCAGGAGCCUGUUAACGACAGUACUAAGCAUGAACCAGUCGGACCAUACCCUGAACCUCUGGUCCAUGAAGAAGCACCGCCACCAGACCCUGCCAUGCCGGCAUCACCGGAUAUGCCACAGGCAGCAUCCGAGCCUGCCCCAACUGAAACUGCCCAAGUAGAAACUGAGCAAAGUCAGUCUAAAGAUGGACAAUCAGAAUCAGAGAAGCCUGAAGAAUCUUGAACUUUCCUUGUCCGUGCAAAAAGUGCCAAUGAUUCUACAUAUAUUUUCACUGUAAUGGUGUGAGGUUGCUUUUUUUAACCAAAUCUGUAUCUGCACACUCUGUCAGGUUUUCUCAUAGAAAUUCAACAUUCUGGGGAUCACAGUCAUUUUUCUGCUUUUGUGAUAAUCAAAAUUUUUUGUUGUGUAUAAAUUGUCCUGAAAUGAAAUGUAACUUUUUAAAAAUUUUAUCGAAGCCAGCAACAUGUAUGUAUGAAAGGAUAGUUUUGCCUGAAAGAACCCCAAGUAAUGUUGACAAAGAAGCAGUAUAUAUGUUGCAUUUUUAAAAAGUGAAACUAAUUCAAUCUGAGCUGGUCAUUAGUCUGAAAAUCAAACAGAUUCAUUGGUUCUUGCAAUAGGUUUAAAGAUCAGCAAUAAAUGUUAUGCAUAUGACAUCAUAAUAUCAUAGCGUCCUCCCUCAGAGGAUAUAGGAAUAUCCAUAAACAGAGUCAGAGAUGCGCCAGCUGCAGAUCACCUACUCAUGCCAGUCAAUGGCUUCAGCCUCUAAGAUGGCGGAGCGAUGACAUCAAUGCAGAAGGUCUAUAUCACCAGCUAUGUAUCAUUUUCGGGUUGAUGAGGGGCUGCAAGCAGCUUGAAGCAUCCAUUUCUUAAAAUGUCAGGUCUUUUCCGCUCAAUUAUUCUUUUACACUUUUUUUCAUAUCGGUAACAUGUUCCUUCAUUAGUAUUUUAUACAUAUUCAUAUCUUAGGCCCCAGCAUUUGAAAUGUUGGUGUAAAAAUUUGGUGUAUUAGUUUAGGGUUCCAUUUGCAGACCUCAACCUUUCUAAAUUCUGAUCCCUUGUUUCAAUAUAUUCUUCUCUCUAUUUUGCCUAUUGAAUGCUUGUGAGAUUAUAGGUCAAAAUCCAUUAUGUCCCAAUAGAUUCAGCUUAAUGAGAUUUUGAUAUACUUUUGUAAGUUUUGUUUAUUUUGAUGUGAAUUUCAAUGAAAUGAUGUGUUUUAGAUUUAACUCCUAAAAAUAUGCUGCAAUGAAGUUAAGGUGAAAUUGGAUGUACUCAAAUUUUCAAAUUUCUGCACCACGUGCUUCCUAUUUAUCAUGAUUUUUUUUCUCUCUUGGGAACAAAUGAUUUUUUUAUGAAGAUUUCAAUACUGGUUUGCAAAAUACGAUAUUGAAGGUAGUUAUUCAAAUAAAGUCUUUGGUAUGCUUAAAACUAAGUAUCUGUAAAGGGUAUGUGAUAAUAUAAAUUCUAAUUAAUGCACAUCUAAAUGUUAACAACACUUUAAAGGGGGAGCAAAUGGACCAACGUUGGUCUCUCAUUGGCCGUAUGCUAUAAAUAACUAGUUUUGAAAUUACCUUAACCCUAACUAGGCCGGGCUUUUUUGGCUGUUCUGUGGCUGGGGGGGGGGGGUUGAUUCAACCCCCCCCCUGAGAUCUCGGCCGCCGAUUGCCCGAGCGCCGCAAAAAUUUGCCACUGGUAGUGUGCGAUGUAAUCUACAAGGCUGUAUGGUGAAAUUUUCCAAAAUAAUGAGAUUUUAUUUUAUAUGAAUUAAUUAUGCUAAUUUAUGCAUAAAUCAUACUUUUUGCUCUAAUUCACUAAAUAAAGCUCCUAGAAUGCUAAUUUUUGGUAAAAAUAUUCUUUGUAGCAUUCUUAACAAUGGCAAUUGAAAAAAACUUCAGUUUGGAAAUCAAUUUCUUAUAUAUUUUAUUGUUUUAUGAAUUUCUUAUGUAUUUCUUUGUUUUUCAACCUUUUGUUUUUCUUUGUUUUUUUACCAGAUUUAUUGCACAACCUUUUUGAAGCAUAAUUAUGCUAAAAUCAAUUGCUUUCAGCUGUUUAAAGUAAAAAUAAUCAUAUCUUUAUGAAUAAGAUGAGAAAACUCAAUUUGCAUUGACUUUGUACACAAAAUCACGUUUUGGAACAAUUUUUGGUCUGACAUGCGCUUACAAAAUGUUGCGUAAAUUCGGAACCGCGUACCCAGGCAUCGUAAAUUUGGCCUCAAAAGAUGCGCAAGACUUAAAAGCAUAAACUCUGCGAGUGGCGCGGUCAAAAAAUUUCGCGCGGCGGAAUGAUCGCAGAAAAUGUUGAGGGGGGGGUUGAUUCAACCCCCCCCCCCGGCCAUUUUAGGGUUAAGAGAUGAAUAUUAUUAACCCUGAGAUAACAUUAGCCCAGAAUUUAUUAUGCAUAGAGAAACUGAAAUGUUUUCACAGGAAAUAUUCUAGUUCUACUUGGUAAUGUAAUUAUUGUGGUGUGAACAUGCUGAGAAGUGAAUUAGUGUGAUAGUAUUCAAGUGAGCCUAUAUUACAAGACGGCACUGCUUAGAAUGUUGCAUUGUGGGUAAGGGACGUCACCUGGCCGGAGUUGAAGACUUAAGGUGGUGCUAUUCAAGGCAUCUGUUUUGUAUUGGCUUUAAAGGUAAAAGACGAUAGUUGCAGCAAAUAAUUAUUUCAUGAGAAAGUCUUUAACAUCAAGGUUGAUUGUCACCAUAUCAUACAUCUAGAUCUGAUCCAUUAAUGUAGACUUAUCUUUGUGAUAUGAAAUCCUAGCUCAAAAUCAAUGAUUUUGAUGAUCACUAACACAGAAAAGCAUAUGUGGGACAUUGAUUUUAACAUUGCUUCGAAAAAUACCCAACAUUUGAUGGAAUUCCGUGCUUAUUCUGCUUAUUUCUCAGCAAUUACGCAUUUUCUUCCAGAGCUAUUUGGCACAUAUUUUUUAUUCAUACAUACUUGGGUGGUAAUUUAAUUGGAUUCUGUUCGAACUCAUUUUGAGAUCGUUACCACAACUUCUAUUGUCUUUAAGAUACUCUUAAACCAUGUACAACAGCUUUAGGAAGUUUAUUUAUUUGAAAGUGAACUCUGUAUUAUAAAGACAGACAUCACAAUUGCCAGUUGAAAGUUAUUGGUGUGGAUAUUUAUUGUAAUAAAAGUGUAUAAUACUUCUUCAGGUCAAGUCUGCCCCAAGAAAAUGUCAAUUUGAAUGAAAAUAGAAUACAGUAAUCAAAAUAGCAUAACACUGAAAAUUUCAUUAAAAAUUGGAUUUAAAAAAAAAUCAGAUGAUUUGUUUUCGUAGGGUGAACCUAAACUCGUGCAUAUUUAUAGUGAGCUCAGGUCGUUACUGCCGCAAGUGUAAUUUUUUCUUUUCAUCAACUAAUUCGUCAAAAUUGAAAAUGAAGCCGAAUUAAUUUUUCAUCAUCUCUCUUUAAAGCCUUAUGGAUAUGUAUUGUCUUUUUGCGGAUAAUCGCCAGGUCUUUCGUAAAUUAAAAAAAAUUACACAAAUCUUUAAAAAUAUGUUAAAGUUACUCUUAAAAAUGAAAAAAGUGGUGACAUAACAUACCUUUGCUGAUUAUUCAGAAAAAUCUGUGUAUUUUCACACAAAAUAUUAACCUUGGGUUUUUUUUUUCAUUCUCUGAAAUAUUUGAAAUAGAUUGAUACAAUCAUGUCUGGGGUCUUUACUCAAUUUGGUUUAUGUCAUUUUCCCCAUGUAGAAAUUGUAUUUUUUUAAUGAGAAAACCUGAUAGAUUUGCUGGUUGUGGGAACAGAAUGUUUUGCUGUAAUUUUGAGUAUUUUUGCUUGAAAAUUGUUCAUCUCUUCUCCAAUAGAUCUUUGGUCAGGAUUUAAAGAAGAAUGUCCAAGAUAGGAGCAUUCAUGUUGCAAACUAUUUCAUUCCAAAAUUCUCACAAAAAUUCAACCUCCCACCACCAGUAACGAUGUGUUUAUAACGCGAAGGAUAUCUGUUGAUCGUUGUGGAAUUUUAUUCCUGAAGGUACUCUUUUAAAGUGCAAAUAAAGAUAGUAUUUUCACAAUUUUUUAUAUGAAAGAAUAUCGGUCUGCACAUCCUAGUGUAAUCUUUCCAUCUCGACUUUUCACUUAUCUUUUUUUUUAACAUUACUUUUUGUGGCACGCAAUUUGUGUAGGGAUGUAGCCGGAGCAGCAUCUUUCAAAGGGAGGGCUAUUGAAUAUUAUCGCCUGUAAAUUGCUUUAACUUGUCAUUUAUUUAGUGUGUAUGAAGUAUACUCCCCUAUUUUGAAAAGUCUAGAAAUGAUUGUGAAACUGAAAAAAAAAAGGGAAAAUGAUUGAAUAAGGUUGAAAGAAAAUGCCCCUUCCAUACAAAAAGAAAAUAAAUAGAUGUUGCUGAGGAAGAGGGAUGAAAAAUAAUGAUAAUUUGUACUUUUGGGCCACAUUUUAGACUACUUUUCCACUAGAGGUGAUGUUUAUUAUUAAUUUGGCCACUUGUAAAUAUUUGCAUAUUGUCAACGAAUCAUGUUUUGUUUGAUUUUUUUGGCAUGAUUGAUUGUUGAUAUCUUACUCAUAAUGCAUCGCAUUUUGUAGAUAUAAGGUAUAUAUAUUGUAACGGUAGUGAAUGUGUAGUGAAUUAUGUGCAUUUGUGGUCUUCACUAAGACCCAGCGUUGGACCAGGUCUUCACUAAGACCCAGCGAUGGAACAGGUCUUCACUGAGACCCUACGUGGGACCAGGUCUUCACUGUUGGACCAUGACAUGAACUGAACUAAGUGAACAUUUCAGGUAAUUCCCUUGCCUCUAACGUAGGCCUGGGCUGAACCACUUUAAAUUCCCUCGCCUCUAACGUAGGCCUGGGCUGAACCACUUUAAAUUCCCUCGCCUCUAACGUAGGCCUGGGCUGAACCUCUUUCAAUUCCCUCGCCUCUAACGUAGGCUUGGGCAGAACCACUUUGGAAUGAUUUCUUAUAUUUUGUGAUUCUCAUGACAUAUAUGUUAUAACUUUGUACAUAUUCAUUAUACACCAGUUUCUUUGUUGCAGAGGUAUAAAAUCACACGGGACAAAAGAAAUGUACCAUUUUCUCCAGCAUUCAUGGUGUGCAUCUUCAAAGUUUCUUUCCCGAAUUGCAUGUACAUUUACAACUAUAAUUUCAUAGACAAAACCUUUUUGUUUUUAAGAAUGAAAAUUAAGAUCAGACCUGAGCAAAAGGCAAUACCUGCAGUAAGUGGUAAUGACCAUACUUUUGUUCCAUAUUAAGUGAUUUUAUCCCCUUUAUGGUUGUCGAGACCUUUCAAUGUAUAUAAUUGCGAUGCAGAGAAUUCUACAAAGGAGGUUCAGUUUAUUUCUUUUUCUUAAAAAAAAACAAAUAAGUGAAAGGUUGGUUAGAACCUGUUCUGUUGAAGUAUGAUGUCGGGUUAUACCUUUUUCUCGAGAGGUACACAUGGCAGAAAUGAGAAAUAAUAAAGGGCCUAGUAAAGACCCCCUGUGGCACUCCUCAUGUAAUAAGUUUUUUAUGAGAGGUGCCCCCUCUUAUAAAGAUAGAAAAGGGGCCAAGAUUUACUGAUGGAAUUCUCUGUUGAGCAUCGACAAACUUGUUUCUUGAUUUUGUGUUUAGUGGAGUAGAUGUUUACAUAUUGGUGAAUUAAACAGAUUGAUUAGUACA